UAUGACCGGGAACAUCAUCCGACAGAGUUAUGCCGGCCAGUUGAAAAGAAGGCUUCCUGCUAAACAUUUUGAAUACAGGGACCUUCAGGCGAGGAUCCAAACAUUUGCAUCAUGGCCAAUAAAUGUUCAGGCCAAAAAACUCGCAGAGGCAGGAUUCUUUUCAAUUAAGGUAGAAGACUCAGUGCGCUGUUUUCAGUGUGGGGUGGGGUUAAGAAACUGGGACCCCGAAGAUGACCCCUGGGUGGAGCAUGCAAGAUGGAGGCCAAGUUGUCCUUUUGUAGUAAACAAUACUUCUGCUGAAUUCAUUGCACAAGUUCAAGAGGCUGCACGGAGAGAAGAGGCUGACACAGGGAAUGAAUAUUCCAACAGAUUGCAAGUAAACGAUAUUGAACAAGACUGUCCACCACAUAGAGCAAUAAAACAGAGUGAUUUAUACGAAUACCCCGAGUCCACUUACGAAAAAAACCCACUUCUUACAGACGCAGCACAAAGUGUGCUAGAGUUUGGGUAUCUUCCAAAAACCAUCAAAGAAGCGAUAGAAAAUAUUAUUCCACAAGUUGGAGGAUGGAAAAACCUUACGGGAUCCCUCAUUUUGGAGGAAAUUUUUAGAUUAGAGGAUGAAGGAUGUGUAACUAACAGUAAAAAUGCCAAAUCCAAAUCGAGGCAGCUAUCGAAUGACGAAAUGAAAAAGGAAAACGAAUCUAUGCGAGAAGCACACACGUGUAAGAUAUGUUGCGAAAAAACAGUUGCCAUAGUUUUCCUUCCGUGUGGACAUCUGGUUUGUUGUGCACAAUGUGCUCCAGCUCUAAAGAAGUGUCCAAUGUGUCGCCAACAGAUCAAAGGGUCAACAAGGGUGACGUUUGGGACUUGAACGUGAUUUCGAUUAUCUGCUGAACUUAAAAAUCAACGCUGGAAGCAAGUUGAAGCGAAAUGUCACUGUGCAUUCUGCGAAAAAGUCCCGAAGUUACAUUUAAUUAAACUACAUUAAUUUGAUAACCAUAUUGUUCAAUCAACUUCGGGCACUCACGCAUGCGUAAUAAUACCUAAAGAAAAUAUGCUGGUUUUGAUACGUGGUCUUGAUGACUUUAUUAAUUAAUAUGCACACUUG